CAAGUAUUACGGUAAGGAGUGUAAGGUCCGCCUUCAGAGAUUCAUUUACUUGUGAUAUCGGCGCUAAGCUCAGCAGCAUCGUCUUCUUCAUCAUCACAGUACAAAUGAAGAAGUAUGGCUGCACACUACAAACAUGUCCCCUUGUUUUAACCAGAGCCAUGGUUAAAACACUUCCAAGCGGACAGAACACAUUUUCACCAUGAGGAUCCACUGCAAGGUUGUGGCGAUCGCGGUAUGUUUCGGAGUUUUUCUACUUUUGUACUUUUUCGGGGGGAACGCUGCGGACGAGCCGCCACUGAAAGAAGUUGCGAAAGAAAAACAUUUUCAGUCCUUCAAUCAUAUCGAGGAUAUAGCACCGGCGAAAGAAGCGAAACAAACCAACAAAGAGCCACAAAAACCACCGAAACUAAUCCGCAAAGAGCCGAAGUUGAGCAGCAGAGCAGGAGGGAAUGUCAUCGCAAAGACUCGGCAGAAAAGUGAGGUGGGGCGGCCUGGGUCAAAGGUCACACAAGCAGAGGAUGUCAUGCACCUGGCAGUGGUGGCUUGUGGGAACCGUCUGGAUGAAACGCUCAACAUGGUGAAAUCAGCACUGCUCUUCAGCAUAAAGAAGAUCAAAUUUCACAUCUUUGCAGAGGAGGACCUGGCCGAACAAUUUGAAAAAGGGUUCAGUCAGUGGCCUCAGACGGUGUCCUCCAGGUUCCACUACAGCAUAUAUCCAAUCACCUUCUCUGUGGGGAAUGCAGACGAAUGGAAGAAACUCUUCAAGCCAUGUGCUGCCCAGAGGCUGUUUCUUCCUGUUAUCCUGAAGGACGUGGACUCACUGUUGUACGUGGACACAGAUGUUCUUUUUCUCCGGCCUAUGGAUGACAUCUGGAAGUUUCUGAAGGCUUUCAACAGCACUCAGCUAGCUGCCAUGGCCCCAGAGCACGAGAUCCCUAAGAUCGGCUGGUAUAGCCGCUUCGCAAGACACCCCUUUUAUGGAGUCACAGGGGUCAAUUCAGGAGUCAUGCUAAUGAACCUCACACGGAUUCGUAGCACUCUGUUCAGGAACAGCAUGAUCGCCAGCGGUCUGUCAUGGGAAAAUCUGCUUCACCCUCUCUAUCAGAAAUACAAGAACCACAUCACAUGGGGAGACCAAGACCUACUCAACAUCAUCUUCCACUACAAUCCAGAGUGUCUGUACAUAUUCCCAUGCCAGUGGAACUACAGGCCAGAUCACUGCAUGUAUGGAAGCAACUGCAAGGCUGCGGAGGAGGAGGGGGUGUCCAUUCUUCAUGGUAACCGUGGUGUGUACCAUGAUGAGAAGCAGCCUGCCUUCAGGGUGGUGUAUGAUGCCAUACAUGAGUAUCCUUUUGAGGAGAACUUGUUCCAGACUUUUAUUUUAAACCCUCUUCAGAUAAGUUUCCUAGACACAGUUAACACCCUUUGUGGAAGGAUACCACAAGUGUUCCUCAAACAAAUCGAGAAGACCAUGAGGGCUGUCUUAUGA